CAAUCUUCGCUUCUGCUCUUGUUUCGAACCUCUGCAUUCCUCCGACCGCUUGUCAUUCUUCCACCUACGUUUCUUUGUCUAGUCCGUUCGGAGUUCAUACUAUGUCGACAUUCUUCUACGGUCACCAGCAACAGCACCAGCACCAGCAACAUCCUCACCAUGGCGCUGCCACCCAUAUGACGAGCUCGAACAACCACCAUGGGGGCCGUUCCCGCCGAGGACCCAAGAUGGCUGCCCAGAAUGCUCAGCGCCAGUUCCGAGGAGUGAAGAGUAUGAGGGAGCUCGCCGAGGCCCCGGCUGUGACCGCUUUCCGGGCCCGCUUUGAAGCUGGACGGUCUUUCGACCUGGACGACGACCUGGAGUUCUGUCCUGGUCUCUUGACGGAAGACGAUCUGCAUUCCAUUCACUCGGCCUCUUCGGAUCGUUCCUCUCUUUCCAGCGGAUCUCCCGAUACUUCUCCUUUGCAGCAUCAGAUCCAGCCGGUUCAACAGGUUACGCCUUCCAUCUCGCUGUCUCCGGCCUCGAGCAACUCUUAUGUGCACUCAGGGGUCAACGGUAAUCUUAAUCACGUGAACUUCCAGCAACCCUCCGCCGUUCGCACGCGCAAGGUGAUCCCGAUUGUCAACCCCAACACCGGCAUGACCUUGACGAGCCCCCCUACGUCGAUCUCGCCGGCCUCGAUGCAGAAUGCCCAGCGUCGGUGGUGAGGACCACGAUCUGGCAAGUUGCCGUUCCAUUCGGCAAGGGGCCGCUUAGGCUCAUAGCAUGUUCACCACUUCGUCCGGCUUCUGCAUCAUCGGG